AAGUCUGAGAAAAUUGCAUUAAGAUAUCAAUAUUUUAAUUAGAGGAACAUUCAGGGGAACACCUCUUGGUUUGUCAUUAUUUUCCGAAAGAUAGCAAUUGAAUAAAAAUCAGAUCAAUUGGAUUUAAUUAAAUUCGAAUCUCCGGGACGAAGCACAUGCACAACUGCGCACAACUCGUUGCGCCACGAUUGCUACGAUGCAUAACUCGAUUGAACUCUAUAUGUAAAGGCCAUUGCAUGUACACUUCUGCAGUGUUGGAUAUUAAUUUAGUUUUAUUUUAUGAGAAACAAUGACGGAUAUAAUCGAGUUACGCCCUGAUAAAAGUUUGACAAACUCGUCUUUUGAGAAGUAUCAAUUUUCCAAUGAGACCAUUCUUAUAAUUUCCGAAAACAAACUAUGUAAUUAUGUAUAUAGAUUGGAGCCAAAUCAAAAUCAAGAAUCCUGGCUGGAAGCAAGGCUCUUCGCUUUUCAUAAUCAUUUAUUUAACAAUGUGCACGACAUGUCGUGCUGGUUUAUCGACGAGACUUCAGCUGUCUGGCGUCUAGAUAAGGAUGGUUCCUUAGAUCAAGUAUAUAAAUUACAUACAGAUGGGUGCUUGUCGAACAUAAUUUAUAAUCCAUCAAUUGGAUUUACCUCAAAUAAUAUUGUGGUAAUUUCUAAUGGUGAUAAAAACCUGCACAUAUUGAUAGGCUAUACAGGAGAAAAUAAAAAAGUCUUUUUAAUAACUCUUGAGGAGCCUGGAAUUAUUAUGAAUGUUCAAUAUGUGGCAAAAAGCUCAAGAAUUAUUUUAACCAUGUGUGCCAUUGCUGUAGGUGUGAAUCAAAAGAAGUAUACACAGCUCAUAUUACUGUCGUAUCACUUGUAUACAGAAAAUGAAAUAACAAAAGUUAAUAAUGUAGAUAAACAGAUAUUGAAGGUACAAGGCAGCGUAGACUAUGUUUAUGUGGAAGAAAAUGGAAACUAUUUGCAUUCUAUUUGUCAAGAUAACAUUGGUUUCGAGAAUGAGAACGUGCAAGAGAAAGAGUCUGUAACAGAACAAUCGAGCGUCGCGUCGAAUUCGCAAAUAAAGAUCCCGAAGUAUUAUUGGUCCCAGGAUGAAGAAUCAGUUACUGUUUGGAUUAAAGUGCCGAAGCAGCACAGUGAUAAACGACCUAAGAUAAAUGUGAAGCCUUUAGAAUUAUCUGUCACAAUAGAUAAUGAGAUAUUAAUACAAGGGCAAUGCCAACAUAGAUUAGAGGAGAAUAUGGCAACUUGGAGGCACAAGGAAGACACUUUGCAAAUUGAUCUAAGUAAAUAUGAAAGUGGAUUGAUGUGGAACGAAUUGAUCAAAGGUGAUACUGGAGGCGAAUGUUUACCCAAUGAGGUUCUUGCUGCAGAAAUUCAUGCAAGGCUAGCACAUUUAUGUACAGAUCAACAAACUAACAGUGUUGGAGAAGAUCAGCCUUGUGUGGGAUUCAAUACUGAAGAAUUAGAAGAGUGCGAUUUAGAAGGGAAAGAUAACUUUUUGCAAAGGAUUAAUCUUCUAACACAGAUGACUACUCAUCUAUCUAGAUUAGGAAGCAAUAAUCACGUAUUGUUUACGUACAAAAGAAAACAGGGACAAAUGGUAUGUCUAAGAUACGAUCAUGAUGCUUGUGUCUGGGAAAUGGGGAAUGGAAAUGGCAAUACCCAUUGGAACCUGAAACACAUUCACAGUUUUCCUGGAUUUGGUUAUGUUGAAGCUAGCAAAACUAAUAAGAAGUUUUGCGUGUCUCCUAUUGAUGGUUCGUAUAUAGCUAUAGUAGAACACACAAGACACGUGUUCGUGUACGAAAGACCUGAUGUCAGAGCAGGAUCCGCUAAACAGAGAAUUGUGGACCUCAACUGCGAAGCUUCCCCCAUCAUGGGGGUAGUUGCUACGAACAAAUUCCUUAUUGUACUUUCAAAGGAUAAAUUAUAUCGUUUACAAGUUCACAUGUGAUAAUUGUACUGUCUGCAAUUAUUACAAAGAUAAACGAAGAAUUAAGAAUUUUCUAAAUCUAUGUAUAACAGUUUCUUGUGAAUGUAUUUAUCACAAAUUUUUUAUAAAUAUUUGCAAUAACUAAAUUAAUAAUUGCAGCUGCAAUAAACUAUAUAAUAAUUAUUUA